CAUUAUUUUCUGGAUAGCGAAUUAAUUGAAUAAACAGUUUAAAGUUUUGAUGCUCAAAAUUAGUGAAAAUGGAUAGCAGUUUUAUAGAUAUUCAUCGAAGAAGAGGAGUAAAAGUGCUAUUUCCCAAUUAUCAAUUACCGUUAAAGGCGGACAACUACGGAAUACAGACACUUCAAAAAUAUAACGUUGUAAUGGAAAAGAUGGACCUGCAAAAUCUGAUUCAAAUUCGCCUGACUGAAUGUAACGAUCAAUCAAAAAUGUUUAUCAGUACAAUAGAUAAUAAUAGCUAUGAACAGAUUCGAUCAGAGCAGUCACUGCAUGUCACGUUUCAAGGAUUUAUUGAUCAUUUGACAAAAAUCUUAGAAUGCUGCAAAAAAGAAGAGCUUCACAUGAGCCUGGUGCGAGAUAACAACUUCUAUUUGUUGCAGUUUUACGAAAAAAGCCCAUUUAAAAACCUAAUUCACCUCUUUCUGCGAAUAGAACCAGCUACAACUGAGACUGUCUUGUUCCACAUCAAUCUUUUACUACAAUCGUUUCAGGAUCAGGCAGCAGACUGUGCAUGUCAGGUUCAAAAGUAUCAGCGUGAACUAACUUUGCGUGAUGAUACAAUAAAUCGAUUACAGAAUGACCUGCGAACUUUAAACACGAAGCUGCAGGAUCAGGAAAACAUGAUAUUUAGUCGAAAUACAGACGAAAUAAAUCGACUUCAACAAGCAAUCAAGCAUUUGACUGAUUCAAAAGAAUUGGAAGAGAAACGGCUAAAGACAAUGAUUUCUGCUAUGCAAGAAAAAAUCGAUCAGCAAAAUAAGGAAUUAUUAGCUAAUACCGAGAGGAUACUUCAAGACACCAAACGCUGCGAAUCUGUACGAGAGGAAAAUCACAAGCUAAAAUCACAUAACGCUCAAGCUCGAGAUGAAAUCGAAAGAUUAAAGGCAGAACUAUAUUCUUAUCAAAAUCGUGAUGGAAGACACGAGGCUCUUGCUUUGGAUUUACGGAAGCAAACAGUUGAAUUGCAAAGUAAAUUAAAAGUAAAUGAAAAACAAAAAUCUGAUCUUGAAGCUGAACUGGAAGCCGAACGGAACAUAUGCCAAACAAAGAAAAAUGCGUUGCAGCUCACUACAGACGAGAUAGCUACCGCCAAUGCUGUAAUCAGUAAUUUAAAUAAGGAAAUUAUGAAACUGAAGAGCAAGAUCGAACUGCGUACUGAGAUUGCGAUGAGACAGGAAAAGUUAAUUCAGGAUAAAGAAAAGCAUUACGAUGAAUUACAGCAAACUGUAAAGAAUAUUCAAGUAGAACAUCAUAAAAAUCGAGCAUUGAGUGAGGAGCAUGCCCAUACUGUACGAAGGAUUAAAGAGAAUUCUGAAGCAAUCGAAGAAAAAUACCGAAAAAAAAUCAAUGAUCUCAUCGUUAAAGUAUCCCAGUGUCAAAACAUGGAGCUAAACUCAAUUGAGAAUACGAAUUUUUCCAGCCGAUAUCUUAAGCCACAAAAUCGGAUAGAAUAGUCAUCUAAUUGCACAAAAUAGUUGAUUUUUAUUUUAAAGAAAUAUUAAAGUUAUCGUGGAAAAAUAAAGAAUUAAUUUUCGAUUUCUUUCG